AUGAAUCAAAUCGAAAACCAAAAUGAUAUAAUUCUUAGAAAUGGCUACCCUAAUUUUGGAUUAAUUAUUGAGGAAACAUAUUCUUUGUUGGCAUAUCAAAAUGGGAUGUUGUAAAAAUUUGGGGAGUUUACUGUAAAAUGUUUUCAAGAAACAAAUAUUCAAAAUAAGUACCUGACUUUCAAAAAGUUUGAAAUUUGUGCGCCCAGCUUAAAUCCAAAGGACAAAAAUUAUUACAUGACAAAAAAAACCCGAGGAUGCCUUUUUUUUUUUCCCUUACAGACCCACUUCGUUCCAAGGACGUAGAUGCAACCAGACAAAUGCCCACACCGCAAUCAUUCCGCUAAUACCGCCAACAGAUCCAACGAUCCUCACCGAUUUCCCCAUGUCGGAGGCCGGUAUCUCCGCCGUCGUCGUUGUCACCGGAGAAAGAGGCUCGUCAUCCCCACCGAUAAUGAAAUUAGCCCAGGACCAUAUUUUCACCAUCUUGCAUCUUCUCCCCGUAGAUUCGAUCGUUUCCUUCUCCAUGACCUGCAAGAGAUUUCGAGCUCUUGCUUGCUCCGACAGUCUCUGGGAAGCUGUUUGUCGGCGGGAGUUGGGUCCGGUGCCGGUGGAGGCUCUGAAGUCCUCUGCUCGACAUGGGUUCGCGUGGAUGAAGCUCUUUGAGCGUGUUCGCAAGCUGGAUUCGGUUUGCUGUCACAGAAUCUCGAACCCAGAUGGGGAUCCUUCGUCGCCGAGCCCUAGGGCUUCUCAUUCUCUCAACUUCCUGACUGAUUAUCUGGUUCUGUUCGGUGGUGGGUGUGAAGGAGGACGCCAUCUCGAUGAUACAUGGACUGCUUAUGUUGGUGAGAGCAAUCACAAGAUGCUUAAGUGGAGAAAGGUUGAUUCGGGGACUCCGAGUGGGAGAUUUGGGCACACGUGCGUCGUUCUCGGGCAGCAACUGGUUCUGUUCGGAGGAAUAAACGACCGUGGGGACAAGUACAAUGAUACAUGGAUCGGAAGAGUGACGUUCCAUGAGGAACUCUCGUGGAAGUUGCUCAAUGUUGGAUCUACACAGCCGCCUUGUCGUGGUGCUCAUGCUGCCUGUUGCAUUGGUGAGAGCAAGAUGGUUAUACAUGGAGGAAUCGGGUUGAAUGGAGUUAGACUUGGGGAUACUUGGGUUCUAGAACUUUCCGAGGAUCUGAACUCGGGGACAUGGCACAUGUUGCUGUCUCAUCCAUCACCACCACCUCGGUCAGGACACUCUUUGACUUGCAUAAGGAGAAACCAAGUGGUUCUGUUCGGAGGGAGAGGAUUGGGAUACGAUGUGCUGGACGAUGUCUGGCUCUUGGAUGUUCAAGAACAUUCCAACCAAUGGAUACAGAUAUUCUACGACUUCCACAACGUCCCCGCGAGUUCUUCACUGCCAAGGGUUGGUCACUCGGCAACGCUCAUAUUGGGAGGUUGGCUCCUGAUUUACGGGGGAGAGGAUUCGCACAGGCACAUGAAAGACGAUUUCUGGGCAUUGGAUGUAAACACCAUCCCAUCUGCCGGCCUGCAGCCGCCGGCAGUAAGCCUAGACGGGUCAUCGGCCUGGAGAAGGCUGAAAAGAAUCUCGUACGGGCCCAAGUGUCAGUCUUUCCACCGUGCUUGUGUUGAUCGUUCAGGGCGGUACGUUUACGUGUUUGGUGGGAUGGUUGAUGGACUGAUUCAGCCUGCAUCAUCAUCAUCAUCAUCUGGAAUUAGGUUUGGGGGAGAGCUUUUCAUGGUGGAACUAGUUCUUGGCCUCUAAUGGAAGCUCUUCUUUUAUGUAAAAACCAUAUGCAAUCCCUCAUGUCAACAAGGAAAUGGAUUCCAUCACAUCAUGACCAA